AUGUUGACCAAUAUGUUACUUCAUCACAAGUAUACUAAACACGAAUUUCUUCUGAAUCCUCCCAACGUCUUCUAUCCCCCGCCAUCGUACGACUUUUUUCAAUCGCCAACACAAAAAUUCGGUCCAAUGUCCCAAUCGUCGCCGGAGACCACACCGUCCAGUGCCCUUGCGUCCCCCGAUCCAGAUCCUGGUCCCUCGGUUGUCGGAAGACUUAAAAUGCCGCCGGCUCUGCCGAAAAUCAAACUUUGUGAAGUUUGUGGUCACGCGGGUGCGACGUCACACUACGGGGGUACUGUAUGUGGCGGAUGCAAGAUAUUCUUCUCACGGACGGUCCAAUCGAAAAAAGGAUUUGUAUGCGAGCGAGGCGGUCAAUGUCCAAUGAAUGCAGGGAAACGAGCAAAAUGCAGGGCUUGCCGAUUUCAGCUUUGUUUAAAGGCGCAUAUGAGUCCUGAAGAGGUCGGUCGUCUCCGCGACAUGAGAAAUUGUGACUAUCCACCGGGGCCAAUGGUUAGAAGAGAAGGAUUUGUCGUGGGGUACUUUGACGAGAACUCACAACCAUCUACGUCCCUCCAAGAUUGCUCGAAUCAAAUAAUCUCUUGCAUAGAUAUUCAUAAUUACGGAAACGACGAAAUGUCGGUUUUGCAGACUUUUGUAAAUUUAGAGAGAUCCAGUGACAACAACGCGGCACUUCGGUUUGGCGACCAAUUUCUGCGAGUGUGUAAUGCUGGAAUUGAUAUGUCGAGUGCUAUGGAAUUCCCGAUGCCAAUUUGUGAAAAGAUACCGAUGGACUACAUUCGUAAGGAGUUCCUGGAGGACCCCAAGACCAACAUGAAACUCUUCUGGUGUCGAAAUGUUAACCAUUUCCUCGAAUGGACUUGUGUCAACGAGGAUCUCCGCCAUUUUUCAAGACAAGAACAGACAUUGCUCAUCGCUGAGAACUUUUUAUCGAUCGCAUGUUUGACAAGUUUUUACGGAUUUCUGAGAAUCCAGAGGGAUCAAUUUGAGAAGUCUUCAGAAGACGGUACAGUACCCCCACCAUGCUCCGUCGAGUGGUUUGCACAAAUUUCGAAAUUGUCCACUGAAGCCAAAAUUUCUGUGCACCGCGCAGUUUCGGAAAUUAUGGAACCCAUGGAUUCGUUGGAUAUUUCGAUGGAGGAAAUCGUGCUUCUCAAGUAUAUUAUGCUGUUUAGUGAAUCUUCCACGUCGCACACGUCAUCUGACAUGUACCGUAUCCGAUGCUACCGUCUAAAAUACUGUGGAUUACUACGAAAAUACAUAAAACGACAAAUUCCCGAUCCGGAGAAGCGAAUCGCCCGGAUUUCCGAGUUGCUGAAGAUUGUCGAGUCGGUUAGGAACACAGCCAUGUAUCUCGACAGAUGGAUGACCCUAUUCUACACAUCGAAUACGUGUCAAAUGAACGACGUCUUGGUCUAUGAUUUCCACGUGAGGACGUGGCAUGAAUACGCCACGUCAUCGGCGUGGAACUCCACGUCGUCUGGAAUUAAACGUGAAAUUCAGAUUAAACGAGAAUACUAA